AUGAACCAAAGCACCCAGAAGCUGAUCGGCGAACCACCGAAGCGCAAGAUACGCUGGGGCUCCAUUCUGGCGGUGGUCCCGACGCUCCUCUUGGUCCUGCUUGUCAUCCAAAACAUCGUCUUCUUCCACUUCAACAGGCCUCAGGACAUCGUCAAAGAGUUGGGCGCGCUGGUGGCGACUUUGCCCAACAGCAUCCCGGACCACAACUGCACCGACUUAGCCUGCCACUGGGCGGCGCUGCAGACCGCAUUGGCAGAGCUGAAGGCAGGUCAGGCAGCAUUGGCAGAGCUGAAGGCAGGUCAGGAGGCAGGUCAGACCGCAUUGGCAGAGCUGAAGGCAGGUCAGACGGCAUUGGCAGAGCUGAAGGCAGGUCAGGAGGCAGGUCAGACGGCAUUGGCAGAGCUGAAGGCAGGUCAGGAGGCAGGUCAGACCGCAUUGGCAGAGCUGAAGGCAGGUCAGGAGGCAGGUCAGACCGCAUUGGCAGAGCUGAAGGCAGGUCAGGAGGCAGGUCAGACGGCAUUGGCAGAGCUGAAGGCGAGUCACACCGCGAUUUCCAGCGACCUGGAGGAGAGUCAGACGGCAUUGGCAGAGCUAAAGGCAGGUCAGAUGGCAUUGGCAGAGCUGAAGGCAGGUCAGGAGGCAGGUCAGACCGCAUUGGCAGAGCUGAAGGCAGGUCAGGAGGCAGGUCAGACCGCAUUGGCAGAGCUGAAGGCAGGUCAGGAGGCAGGUCAGACGGCAUUGGCAGAGCUGAAGGCGAGUCACACCGCGAUUUCCAGCGACCUGGAGGAGAGUCAGACGGCAUUGGCAGAGCUAAAGGCAGGUCAGAUGGCAUUGGCAGAGCUGAAGGCAGGUCAGGAGGCAGGUCAGACCGCAUUGGCAGAGCUGGAGGCAGGUCAGGAGGAAGGUCAGACCGCAUUGGCAGAGCUGAAGGCAGGUCAGGAGGCAGGUCAGACGGCAUUGGCAGAGCUGAAGGCGAGUCACACCGCGAUUUCCAGCGACCUGGAAGAGAGUCAGACGGCAUUGGCAGAGCUAAAGGCAGGUCAGAUGGCAUUGGCAGAGCUGAAGGCAGGUCAGGAGGCAGGUCAGACCGCAUUGGCAGAGCUGAAGGCAGGUCAGGAGGAAGGUCAGACCGCAUUGGCAGAGCUGAAGGCAGGUCAGACGGCAUUGGCAGAGCUGAAGGCGAGUCACACCGCAAUUUCCAGCGACCUGGAGAAGAGUCAGACCGCAUUGGCAGAGCUGAAGGCAGGUCAGACGGCAGGUCAGACCGCAUUGGCAGACCUGAAGGCAGGUCAGACCGCAUUGGCAGAGCUGAAGGCAGGUCAGGAGGCAGGUCAGAACGCAUUGGCAGAGCUGAAGGCAGGUCAGACCGCAUUGGCAGAGCUGAAGGCGAGUCACACCGCGAUUCAUAGCGACCUGGAGGCGAGUCAGAGCCUGCUGGCCAAAGUCUGGGAGGAGAUUCCCAGCAACAAAGGGCUUCUGAAUCAGAUACUGAAAGACCUGGAGACGGACUACAAAAAAAUGUCUCAGGAGCUGUCACAAGAGAAAGAGGAGUUACACAACUUCAGUUUGGCUUUGUCCAGCCUGCAGCAUGUUCUCAUGCCCAGAGACUGUAGUCACGUCAUGGUGGGAAAGAUCCAAAGUGGAGUCUAUACCAUCUUUAGCGGGUCCAACAGCUUCAAGGCAUACUGCAACAUUUGGCAGGACGGGGAAGGCUGGACCGUGAUCCAGAGGAGAAAGGACGGCUCCGUCGACUUCUUUCGGGGUUGGAACGACUAUCGAAAGGGGUUUGGAGACCUCGCCGGAGAGCAUUGGCUCGGCCUGCAAAACAUCCACGCUCUGACGGCCUCGGGCGCUUACCAGUUGCGGAUCGACCUCACCAUAUGUGACGGCAGCACUUACUACGCUCUCUACGACGACUUCUCGGUGGGCCGGAACUCGCUGGACCCCGACAAGGACGGCUACCCGCUGCUUGUGAGCGGCUACUCUGGAACCGCAGGCGAUCGACUCGCCUACCAUUCUGGGAUGAAGUUCAGCACCAAAGACCGCGACCAAGACAAGUCUACUGACAAUUGCGCCAACGAGUACAAGGGCGCUUGGUGGUACAAGAGGUGUUACCACUCCAACCUGAACGGGCUGUACAAGGCAACCGGCACAGUCGACGAUGCCGAUGCAUUCUGGGACCAUUUGGGGUCGCCACGUUCUGGCUGCCUGAGAUUUGUGGAGAUGAUGAUCCGGCCCAGAAAGUGAGCUGUCAGCCGCCGGACUCUGGGAACGGCACCCCCGUGGGAUCACGUGGGUGCUGCCCGACGUCACCCAUUUGCGCAGCGCUCGUCAAGUAAGAUGGCGGUGCGCAAAUGUGUGUCGGAUUUGGCCCGGGCAAAUGGGCUCAAGUGCAAUUCCGAAUCUCACCAGGAGCUUGACACGAGAGAGACCUGACAAACGCUUAGUUGGAAGUUAGUUCCUCAAAAUGAACUCUUAUUAAAGGGCAGUUUGGUGCUGUUGCAGUUCCAAAUCUCACCAGCAGACGGUGCCAAAUUUAGACUUACGUGACGUGGUAAAUCCGUCGUUAGAUUAGUCGAAGUUAUUGACUCGGGAAACACGACCUGUUUUGAAUGACACGCACACGCACACACACACACACUCACUUUUUGACUUUUUGAUCAUUUUAGGAUGUUUUGCUUUGCUAUCAUAAAAUCCCUUCCAUCUGUUAACAUAAGGAGUGCCCAUAGGCAUAGGUUAGCUACGAUUGAUUAUGUGUUAAGUUAGUGAGUGUUUGAUGAAGUUGUGUUUUACAAUGACAUCGGUUCAAGUAAGGGUACAUUUGACAUUCUCUUGCUUUGCCAUGAAAUAACUAACAGCUGACGCAUUCCAAUGGAAUCUGUUAAAGUAAGGGUACCCACCCAUAACCAUUGUUUAGUUAGGUUGCGUUGAAUAUUGAGUUAAGUUUCAUUUUCUUCCUUUUUGCUUCGUUUCAGUUGAAUAUUUUCAAACAUGG